AUGGCUACCUGGGGCAGCCUCACUAUGGGCUAUAACUCCAAUAUUGGACAUUCUGUUUCAUUCUACCUAACUGGGAUUCCUGGCCAUGAAAGUGCUCACCAAUUUAUUUCAAUCCCCUUCUGUGUAUUAUACUUCAUUGGCAUAGUAGGAAACAGCACAAUUCUUUACAUCAUACACACGGACAGGAGUCUCCAUGAACCCAUGUACUACUUCCUGUCCAUGCUGUCCCUCACUGACAUGGGGAUGUCUUUCUCCACCCUUCCCACAGUGCUGAAAGUCUUCUGGUUCGAUGCAAGGGAGAUUGAGUUGAAUGCCUGUGUAGUUCAGAUGUAUUUUAUUCAUACAUUUUCUCUGAUAGAGUCAUCUGUGCUGCUAGCCAUGGCUUUUGACAGAUAUGUUGCUAUAUGUGAUCCUCUAAGAUAUUCCAGCAAACUUACCCCACGACGCAUUGUCUACAUAGGGAUAUUGAUUGUAAUCAGAUGCUCUAUUGUCCUUCCUGUCAUUUUUGUUCGUAUCCCUACAUUUUCUUUCUGCCACUCCCACGUUCUUUCCCACUCUUUCUGUUUACAUCAGGAUGUCAUCCGUUUGGCCUGUGCUGACAUUUCCUUCAAUGUUCUGUAUGGCUUGUUUGUUAUUGCAGCUUAUUGGGGUGUAGAUUCCCUAGGAAUCUUUAUAUCUUAUGUUUUCAUCCUCCACUCUGUUCUAGGCAUUGCAUCCCAGGGAGGGAAGCUCAAAGCCCUUAAUACAUGUGCCUCCCAUAUCUGUGCUAUCCUCAUUCUGUAUGUACCAAUGAUAGGGAUAUCUAUAGUACAUCGCUAUGCAAAACAUUCUUCACCCAUCCUACACAUAGCCAUGGCCAAUAUUUACUUGUUAGUCCCACCAGUACUCAACCCGAUUAUUUAUAGCAUCAAAACAAAGCAGAUUUGUCAGGGUUUGUUAAGAAUAUUUUCAUCCCACAGGGUCAGGCUUGCUCACACUUUGAAAGCAUAAAUUCUCAAUUACUUUUACCUUAUCAUCCUCUUUGUUUUCCUAAUGAUAACGUGUCUAGUUUUUUUUUUU